AUGUCGUCGAAGCGAGGCCGCAAGCGAAACGACAAUCUCCCGCCUAAUCGUGCUAGAGAUGUCCAGCGUGCAUUCAGAGCACGACGCGCUGCUCAUUUGCAGGCUUUAGAGCAGAGAGUGUCAGAGCUCGAGGAAGAGAAUUCUUGUCUUCGCCAGGCUCUCAACCUUCCACCUUCAAGUCGGCCACCCCUCGGAAAAGGACCAACGGGUAAAGAUAAACCGAAGAUGUACGACGGAAGCAGCACACAGUCGUUGAGCUUCCACUCGAGUCGAGAAUCAUCGACCGCAGAUUCUCCUACAUCUCGAGAAAGUUCCGUGUCGCCUUCUGGGAUCGCCUCACUGUCCUCCCGGCCCAUGCACGUUAUCGAGUCGCAGUCAUGGGACGACUCAUUGCUACUCGACGAACAACCCCACCCAUCAUCUGACGUUACCAGCCCUCCCGAAUCAUCAUAUUCCAUGGCCCCCAUGUCGGCACCAUUACCACUGAAAUCAGUUCAAUAUUCAUCCUACGCAAACUCGAUUGCCUCAUCGUCACGAAACUCGCUCUCAUCAAAUAAUUUAUACAUGGGAAACGCAAGCCACUACGCGCACAAUGCUGACAGGCCAUUGUCCACCAGUUAUGGUGGUCACAGCUUCCCCAUGCGGACCGAUUUGCGCGAAGAGGUGUCUCGCGCUCAAUAUUCGUAUGCAGAAACGUCCUUCCAGUCUCACGAUCCCAAUGUCCACAGUCCCAACAUGCACAGUCAAAGCCCAUCUCCAAAUUUCCAUUCGCAUUCUCAGCAUAAUUCACAGCGUGAUUCCCCUAUGCCAUAUCCCCACAAGCGAAGCCUGACCGAUCCUCACGGCUUUUCAAUCAACCAAGGAUUCCCACAUCUUCCCAACCCCGUUCAACUACAGGUCAAUCCUCGACCACCCGACUUUACUCGACAGGCUGACAUGGGUCACUCUGUCUCCAGAUCUCCGGCAUAUGGGCCUGAUGGACGCCUGAACUCGAUAGCUUGA